CUUUUAGCGGAGAGGCUGUUUAUUUUCUGUUUGUUCCUCUGGUAUCAAGGCAGUAUGUAGUCUUUUGGAUUUAUGAUUUCGGAGAUUGCCUUUCUUAGUAUGAAACGGAAACUGGUAAACAAUUUUACUGUUUCGAGUAUACAGGUCGAUAAUCUCUUUGAAUAAAUGCGUGGGAGAACUUUGCUUGCGCCACGGAUGAUCUGGCUUAGUGUAAUUUUUUUUAGACGUAUAUUGAUGGAUAACUUGCACAAUCUAUGGGCAUUUCAUUAAAUUUUGGGGCUAGAUUCUGCUGCUUGAGCAAUUCCUGAAGAGCUUUUGGACUCCAGGUUGAGAAUGAAAUCAAUCUCGAUGAGGGAAUCUGGAAAUACAAGAGAUGGAGAGUCACGCAUGCCACUGGUUGCGCAAAACAGUGGUUUGAGGAAUGAUGGGAUCACACCUGAGCUAUUUAACUCUUUGCCAGCUCUCAAUGAAGCUGCUUCUUAUCUUUCACAGGCAGCAUCAUUAAUAACUGGAUGUUUCUCUGAUUAUUCUGUGGAACGUGCUGCUAGAGAAUCUGAGGAUUCAGCAAGUCAUGCACAGGAAUUGGUUACACUUUCUUCACGAGAAGCUGAGGAAUGUGCUGUUAGUGAUCUUUCUUCCAGUGAAAGACUUCUGGCGUCUGAAUCAUCUUCUUCUACCACUGUUGCUUCCUAUAGACUAAGAAGUGCCUCUGGAGAUCAGUCUCAAAGUACAAAUGCACUUGUAGAAUCAAGUCGUACUGUGCAGAAUGGGAUUUUCCUUUUUCAGGGACUUGUUGAACGAGCACGGAGGACUCUUCGUGGUUCUGCAGAUGAUAUAGGAUGGUUACAGCAGGAUCCAGAGAUGCCUCCUGUUGAAGAUGGAACAGAAAAAUUCAUAGAAAUUCUUGAUAACAUCAGGCAUGGUCUACACAAGCUUCCAAACUCUGUCGUUUAUUUGUUGGUUCCAGGUCUUUUCAGCAAUCACGGACCUCUUUAUUUUGUAAGCACAAAAAUGAGUUUCUCAAAGAUGGGUCUGGCCUGUCAUAUUGCCAAGAUUCACAGUGAGGCUUCAGUUGAGAAAAAUGCAAGAGAGAUAAAGGAGUAUAUUGAGGAAAUUUAUUGGGGUUCCCAGAAACGUGUUUUGCUUCUAGGACAUAGCAAAGGGGGUGUAGAUGCAGCAGCUGCGUUAUCGUUGUAUUGGUCUGACUUGAAAGAUAAGGUUGCUGGGUUGGCACUGGCUCAGAGUCCCUAUGGUGGAAGCCCUAUAGCUUCAGAUAUUUUACGGGAGGGACAACUUGGUGAUUAUGUAAAUCUAAGGAAGCUUAUGGAAAUUCUGAUCUGUAAAGUCAUUAAGGGCGACAUGCAAGCUCUGGAAGACUUGACCUACGAGAGGAGAAAGGAAUUCUUGAAGAAACACCAUUUACCGAGAGAACUUCCUGUUGUUUCGUUCCACACAGAAGCUAGCAUCAGUCCUGCUGUUUUGGCCACCUUAUCUCAUGUUGCUCACGCCGAGCUGCCAUUAGUGUCUCCUCUUUCAGCAGGUCAGCCUGCAAAACUUCCAGUCAUCAUACCCGUUGCUGCUGCAAUGGCUACAUGUGCUCAAUUACUUCAGGUCAGGUAUGGAGAAAAGAGUGAUGGACUGGUCACACGUCGUGAUGCAGAAGUGCCGGCAUCUGUUGUUGUGCGGCCAAAACGUAAACUAGACCAUAGUUGGAUGGUUUAUUCGUCAUUAAAUGAUAAUCCUUCUGAAGCUGAUGCUGCUCAAGUGUGUGAAGCGCUUUUGACAUUACUUGUGGAAGUCGGGCAGAAAAAGAGACACGAACUUGCGAUGAAGGAUGAAUGAUGCAUAUAACGACUUAUUUUCAUCUCCUCACCAUUUCUUCUUGUAAUUUUUGUCAAUUUAUAUUCUGAUUGCCAAAACGACUUCACCUUGACUGAGAUCACCUCGUCCUGUUCUUUAAUGUACAUAGUUGAAGCUUAGGUUU